GCAGAGCGAAGGCUUGUUCCUUUAAGGGUGGUGUCGGGGGCAGUCAGAGGAGGAGGAGGAGGAGGAGGAGUGUGGCAGUCUCCGCUCACUUCUCCACAGCCAGGGGACUCCGAGAAUAAACAAUUCCCACAGACUGCACGUUCCACACCGCAGCUCGCGCACAGUCGCAGUUUGAAUUGGUUUCGCUUUUUUUUUUUUUUUUUUUGUCAGGAGCAAAAUUUUUACCUUCCUUUUUUUUCCUCUUUCUUUUUUUUCUUCUUUUUGUCAAGCCCUCCUCGCCAUUUCUGCCUGCUGCCAAAAGUGUCGCGGCCGCUUUCAUUGGAUUUGCCUCCCCUCCUGUCGAAUAAUAACGAUGCGCCUCUCCGGCUGACUGUUGGGUGGACGAGCAGAAAAUAGUCUUGGAAAUUGUAGUGACACGCCACACUGGAGCAGACCGAGUCACAAGCUGCAGCCACCAAAAGGUCACCCUGCGACACACUGUGAGAUCUGCAAAGCAUAAAGGCGCCACUGACAGAGCAACAGCCAGGCUGAAGGACAGACACGCUGGAUAUCAACAACGAUGGAUUACGGCAACAUCUCUGUGAUAAAAUCCCACUGACUUCGCCACUGCCACUCAUGUGAGCGUGAAGGUGGGCCUUCUGGGAUCCUGUAGCAGUUAAAGGCGUACAACAAUGCCUUGGAGGCUCUCCUGCACCAGAUUCCCUCCAGCCAUGGUGGCUGUUUCACCACACUAAGCCAACCACAGAGAGGGAUCACAUACAGCCAGUGCACCCUUAAUUAAACCUUUAUACUCACUCUUUGCAACAUCACAACCUCUUUUUUGGUUUCUAACAAGUGCGUGCAACUGCCAGCCAGAUGACUUGGACAGCUAUCAUUUACCAGUAGCAUUGCUGAGCUAUAAGAAGGGAUCUGAGUAUUGAACAUGACUCAUGGGGAGGAGCCUGGCCCUGAGACACACAAGGAUUCAGCUGUUUUAACUUAUCUGGAAGGUUUACUGAUGCAUCCAGUGGUGGCCGGGCCUGGGGCCACGGCAGGUGGGAGAUCCGAGGCUUCCAACAGCAAUCAGGAGCAGGGCAAUAAAGUGGGUGGGCCUUUACCACUACCAAACCAUGACCCAAUGGUACCCAAGGCUGGAACCAAUGGGCCCAAGCUAGGUUCUUCGCAACACCUAAAGAAGGCCCGGUUGCUGCGCUCUGGAGCAUGGAAUGAUCCAGGGAACCAGAGAAUGAGUUCACCUCCAGUAGAGCUGAAUGGCCAAGUGGGAACCUUGCAAAAUGGUGCCCUGGAGGGAUCUCCCCAUUCUGGAGAGAGCACCUUGUUGGCGUCUUUGCUUCAGUCAUUCAGCUCAAGGCUUCAGAGUGUAGCAAUGUCUCAGCACUCUAAUAAGCCCACUGGUGAGUGUUCUUCUCCGUCCAAGGCACCAGCUACAGAUAAAGAGCCACUACCUGUUUACGGCACAGCCUCCAGUCGCCUUAAAGGCCUCAUGAGGAAGAGCAAACUUCAGAACCACAACAACACCCCUUACAGCCGCCGGGGCCACAGUCAGGACAGGCCGCCAGAGUCCCCCAGGUCGGCACACAGCGCCACGCCUCCUGCAGCUCCCGCCGCGACCGACUCUGUGUCCUGUGCAGAACGUCUGAAGGCCGUGGCCAACAUGGUUAAAAUCCGUUCUAGUCCCGCACCCUCACCCAAGCCCAGCGUAGCUUGCAGUCAACUCGCCCUCCUGCUGUCCAGUGAAGCUCACCUCCAGCAAUACUCCAGAGAGCAUGCCCUCAAAGCUCAGCUCUCAGGAAGAUCUGCCAGUGAAAGACUGGCCGCCAUGGCAAACCAGCAGCAUGGUCAGGACAAAAGGCCACCAAGUGUGGGGGUGUCUUCAGACACAGUAAGCUCCUUAUCGACUCAAAACGGAAUGACGACAGCCACAAUAACAACGACACUCCCUCGAACGGCUGCCACCAAUCCUCAGAGCCCCUCGCUGCAGAGAGGCCACAGCCAAAACUCUCCGCCCACUCCCCCACACGCUCCAAGCCUGCCUACCAGGGAGAAGCGAGGCUUUGACACACGUCCAACCCGCCCACCCCAAACGUGCAGCAGCUUGCUCCUGCUGCUGCUGAACAACCACAAUAACCAGAAGCAACUGACCAAGAAUGGGCACCUGGAGGACAUCAGUGGACUUCUGCCACCAAGUGGCUCCUCUUCAGUCACAUCAGACAGCGAGUGCUCUGUCCAUGAGAGGAGCAACACCAAGGACAGCAGUGAUGCUGAGAGCUCCUACUCCAGUUGUUCUCCCAUUGACCUCUCGAUGAGAGGCCGCAGCAGUUUACAGGACACAGGGCCCAAAAGUACACCCCCUUCCUCCUCCUCCAGCUCCAUGUUCUCUUCUACCACCGCGUUCUCCUCACCCCCAGUAACAAUAUCUCCUCAAGCUCCUAUCCAGCCUCCCACUACAUCUUUUUCUCCUUCCUCUAUGGCUGUUUCUUCUGUUUCAUAUCCAAUAUCGUCAUCUUCCUCCUCCUUUUCUACUUCCUCCUUGGACAAAUUGACCGAAUCCUUACUAAACAAAUGGAAGCCAGAGCCAUCUAGAUUAACUGUGUCCAAGAACAAAGAGCCUGAAAUGAACCCAGACUUAAAAUCCCACCCCAAGGUCACACUCAUGCAACUUCUUCUUGAGCGCAGAAAUAAUGAGAUGGCUAAUAAGAGCACAGGCAGACAAGACUCGCCCCUUGAUAUAACUAUGGCCAACAUGUCACGAAAUCAACAAAAGGGGUCAGUUACUUGGGAAGAGGGUCCAACAAAGAGCCCAAUUGAAAGGCCUGCAGGCCCGUCCCAGUCCGUCUACUCGCUUAGUCGUGACACAGGUGCUGCACAGUCCCCAUAUUCAUACCCCUCUCCCCAUGUCCAGUCCAGUCCACUUGAUUUGUGUAAGUCUAAGACCUUCCCUGCUGACAAAGCGUCAGAGCCUGCCUUCAGUGCCAGUAAACUGUUACAAAAUCUGGCGCAGUGUGGCACGACUUCCCCACCCCCACCUAUCUCCUCUGGAAAAGGGGCAAGCCAGGAACUCAAUGACAGCAGGCCCCAUGCUCUGUUGGAAAGACUCAAUACUCCUGUCAACAGGACCACCCCUACCCCGCUUUCCGAUGGAGCUUCAGGCAGUAGCACACCUUUCAGUCGUAAGGAACCUUCCCCGCCUUCCUCACAAAUUGAGAACCUCUUGGAGAGACGUACUGUGCUGCAGCUACUUCUAGGCACCGGUUCAACUGGUGCUACAGCUGGCCGCAAAGAAAGACCCAGUGGAAGUGGCCACGGGACUGCUGAAAUGGAGGGCGGCUGCUUCGAGAGGAGCCCUACUGCCUCCAUCCUCUGUGACAGCUCUAAUGGGUCCCCUUUGGAUGUCAAAAUAAAAUCAGAGCUUACGGAGGAUGUAGGGUCAUCCCUUACCAAGUCGGAGGACUUGAGCGGCAAAAAGAGACUGAGUUCCUACGGGAAGAAUAGCCCGCUCUUCGAUUCUCAGCAAGACCUGAAGACGGAACCAAGGCCUGCAGAGUUCAUAGCGAAAUAUGGCCUCCUCAGCCAGCUGCUUAAACAACAGACCACUACCUAUUACUCCAGUGCUGCAACGAUGCAGCCUGAGCCACAAUCCAGACAAGUCAAAGAGGAGCAUAGGGACUAUCCAAACCCCAGUCCUAAAAGGAGACGGCUCUGCUCCGAACAUACAGACAGCUUGAACAGCAUCAGCUCUCCAAGAGCAGUGGACAGUGGUAACGCAAAUAUGUCUGCCUCGUCUACUGUUCAGGCAGACCCUGAGCAGCAGAGGAGUCUAAAAGAGGAGGAGCUUCCACCAAGAAGCCCUAUGAGUGAAACCCUUACCAGAGAGAGUCGCGGCUUCAACGUGUUGAAACAGCUGCUGCUCUCCGACAACUGUCUGAAGGAACUGUCCCAGCAGCCGCGACAGGGACCCAGUCCCUCUAUCCUGCAGACCACUGGCAAAGCCAAUGGUAACAUUCUCAGUCAGCCUACACAAAAUCACAACUUCCUCCACCUGCCUAGCUGGCACACCCAUGGUUCCCUCAACUCAGGGCUUCCAAAUCAUAUAAGACCACUGCCCACCCCUCCUGAAGGCAACAACCCCAUCCGCCCAGCCUCAUGGAUCCGCCAACCGGUUCCAUGGCCCGCCACGCAAAAACGAGAGCCCCCUACUUUAAUCAAACAGGAGCCUGAGAGCCCCAUUCGAUGGAGCAGUCAGGAAAACGAUGGCAUGGACGAGGGUUGUGAGUCGAACCCGGACUCCCCGCGGCUUUCACGUUCCAACCCGAUCCUGUACUACAUGUUGCAGAAGGGCAACAUCCAGCUGAGGAAAGAGGCACCGGACCAGGCCGAAGGAGCCCGGCCCGUGGUCAGAGUCAAAGAGGAGCCUGUCAGUGACAUGCACACCUAUGAACGCAGCCUGAGCUCCACCCCUCAAUCACCAACCCACAAUGACAAGCACAGCCAUGAGGGCCAGGGGUUGAGCCAGUCGUCCCAGUAAACAGUUGUAUCAACUACAAAAACCUACAAAGUGGAAUCAAGUCCAUUGACUCCUUCUUGUUUUCAUUUUUUGUGUACCUUGCCAAAUUGGUUUGAUGAAAAAAAAAGACUUUUUCACUUUUUUUGUUUUUGAUUUGAUUUUAAAAAAAAAAAUCUAUUGCUGUUUCAAUUUUAAAUAGCUUCAACGUGGAAUGGUAAAAAAAAAAA